AAAGAUGAGUGUCAGAUAGGAGCCAAUAAGAUAUGUGGGCAGCACACUGCAGGCCAUAACACCCAUGUGGCAGGAGACAGUCCUUCCAACAACAUGGCCAUCUUCAUCCCCAACGAUGGCACCCACUGUCAGGGUAAGUUGCAGUGAUUAGCGAUGCUGAAUACUUUUAAUUAUUGCCACUUUGGAAGAUAUGACAUGUGAUUGGUUAGACUUCAUAGACACAAACUUGAUUGUCAGGGGCGGGGGCGACGCAGGGGCGACGUGUAUGCGGUGAGUGAAGUCAAGCGCAGGACACAGAGAUACUAGCAGACGUCCUUUACUAAUAGUAAAGAACAUGCAAAACAAUACAUCCUAACAGGGAGGAAAACAAAUACACGUAUACGACAAAAACAGCAAUGCCGAUACAGCCUAGACACAAAACAAUAAACACACAAUACCAAACGAGAGACAUGGGUAAAUAUAGGGACUACAAUCAAACAUAAUAGACAACAGGUGUAACCACUCAAGACAGAACAAGACAAACACCGAUACAUCGAUCGGCAGUAGCUAGUACUCCGGGGACGACGAACGCCGAAGCCUGCCUGAGCAAGGAGGAGGAGCAGCCUCGGCAGAAUCCGUGACAUUGAUGCCAAUUUUGAUCGAGUGAAUGAAUUCCAGAUACCACUCCCCAGAUCUGCUAUACACACAUUGUGUGAUUAAUAACUGGGUGUACUACAUCCUGUCCCCAUGAAAUUAAUACUAAUGCCACUUUCUUGUUGGUUCUACAUUUUAUCAUUUAGCAGACAGCUUAGAGUAGUGAGUGCAUACAUUUGUAUACUUUUUCCCCCAUACUGGUCCCCCAUGGGAAUCAAACCCACAACCUUGGCAUUGCAAGUGCCAUGCUCUACCAACUGAGCCACGCAGGAUCUAGACAUUAAUGAGUGUAGGGUCCAAGGGACCUGUGGUGAUUGGGAUCAUUGUACGAACAUGCAGGAGGAUACCAGGUUCACAAUGGAGCAGAGCCCUUCCACCCACACCAGGACAAGGCCUUGUGCAAAGGUAAAGAACACAAACCUCUUGUGCUUAGUGUUGUAAGACUUCUUACUACAAUUAUAGUAACUAUUUUAAGAUAAUGGAACAUUAUCAGAGAGCUGUAUAUAUUUUUUUCAUGUAUGUGUCUCAAUCUCUUUGCCCGCCCUAUACUAUACUGUAGCCACUGGAUGUUAUUCAACUCUGUAGUGUUGUCCUUUUCUCAAUGUGUCGCCAUUGAUUGUGAGCAGCCACCCUCGGCUGAGAAUGCAGUCCAGCUGUCAGCCACGGGAAGUUUAGUUGCUCUGAGGGAUUCCUCUGGAAAAGCAGGGAGAACUCCUCGGUUUGUGUGGCAAAAGGUGUGUGGAAGUCUUGUUUGUGAAGGUAAAGGAAAUUAAGCAUUGUUUAAUUUAGUUUUUUGGUGUACAUUUGCAUUCUUUCAUGUAUUUGACAUGUAGAUGGAUGAAUGUUUUGUUUGUAGAGAACAAAUGUUAUCAUGUACUGUAUCUAGAAAUGGUCACUUUCAUUGCUGUGCCUCCCAAAGUUGACUGUGGCUCGCCCCUGCCAUCGCUCACCCAGUAAUGUUUUGGGAUGGGCUCUGAGGUGGUUUAUCAGUGUAACUCUGGAUAUUACAAUGUGGGAGAGGGAAAUGUCUCAGUAUGCACUGCCAUUGGAAAGUGGGACCAGACAUAUUUUCUAUGUAAAGGUAUUACAUUAGAAAUGUCUGUGUGUUCUUGAUACAUUUAUAACAAUUACAUACUGUAUGAAACCAAAUCUCAUAAAACCACUAUCCCCAUUUUAAAACCUCUUAGAUAUUCUGGUACCGGUUCUGACCAACAUUUUCGCUUAUAAAUAGAUCUCUGGACACCGCAGAUCGAAAUGGCUUGCAUUGAGCGAUAGCCCGGUUGCCCAUGGACACAGUAGUAUAUUUUCUGAGCCUGUGUGACGUAGGAUGUGAAAUCUGAAACCACUUAAAGCUAGGAUGUCCCUCCUACCAUUUCAUUCACUAUUCUGACUGUCCAUCAACUCCUGGUUGAACCCUACAUCACACCCCCUGACAAAGCACAUGCCUGAAAUCCAUACAGUACAUAGCGCAGCAGGAGAGAGUGAUGUCAUCACUGUAGCACAUUCAGAGAUCGAUUUAUAAUUAAUCGAUUUUAAACAAAAAACACUUUCUGUUUGUCAUAGACAGACAAGAUUAAUAUGAGAUGAAAGGUCGAGUUCCUAACAAGUUCAGGAAGCCAAAAGCUAGAGCUCUGUGAGACGUUCACAGCGAUGAGUUGGACCGCAGAGUGAAGGAAAAGCAGCCAACAAGUGCUCAGCAUAUGUGGGAACUCCUUCAAGAGUGUUGGAAAAGCAUUCCAGGUGAAGCUGGUUGAGAGAAUGCCAAGAGUGUGCAAAGCUGUCAUCAAGGCAAAGGGUGGCUACUUUGAAGAAUCUCAAAUAUAAAAUAUAUUUUUAUUUGUUUAAAACUUUUUUGGUUACUACUUGAUUCCAUAUGUGUUAUUUCAUAGAUGGAUGUCUUCACUAUUAUUCUACAAUGUAGAAAAUAGUACAAAUAAAGAAAAACCCUGGAAUGAGUAGGUGUGUCCAAACUUUUGACUAGUACUGUAUGUAAGGAUGGAUUUUACCAGGAGGGUGGAAAUAGUCUCUCAACUUGUACACCAUCAGGGUAGUGGGGAAUUGUUUCAAUAAUAUGCAAAGGUAGGUAACAAUAUAACUGUGAACUCAUUAUAUUGUGUUAAAGUGCUCACAUUCAAAUGUAUAUGUUGUUUGUCAUGUUUGCGCCUACCCAUGGAGAGACGUUGCUUUCAGCACUUACUACUCUGUACCAGAAGGGGGUAAUGUUGUAUUGGGUAAUGGGUUGUAUUGAGAGUUUGUGUCUGUGUUGUAAAUUAAUGUUUAAUCAUGAUCCUGAGUAUGUUGCAACAAAAUAAUCAAAACUAGUAUUUAUAUAUACUGUAUAUUGUAAUCUAAUAUUUUAUGGUAAUCGUCACAGGAUCUCCUUUGUAUAAUUCAAUUGAUCUGACUUCUACCAUGUUUUUUUACAGUUAAAUGCGGGCCAGCCCAUGCUCUGGCCAACUCAGAGGAGAUAUGGCAGAAUAUAAGUGUUGUGUUCUAUCGCUGUCUGGAGGGAUUCCACAGCUGGAGAGGAAGGAAGACCUCUGUGUGUGACAUCACCGGGACGUGGCAGGCUGCUACACUGCAAUGCCGAGGUAUGCCAUUCAUGAAUCUGGAAACCAUAGUUCACUUGAAAAACCUUUCAGAAUGUGGAAGGAAUUUGCGUAAAUCAGUGAACUUUUUUAUUUACUUUUUAACUUUUCUUAACACAUUGUUUCUCAUCUCUUGUGAAUACCAGAAAUCAAGCCUGCCAUCAGCGACUUGGUUGUUUUAAUGAAACAUUUUUGCGUUGGAAAGCAGACAAGUAUGAAGAAGACACAGAAAAUUACAGAGUAAGUUUAUCUUAACAAGGACCAUAAAAUAUGACAAAAUUAUUGAUUAGAAAAAGUGCUCUCUGAACUGCAUACACCUAUGCGUACACCUUGACAUAGUUAUUUGAUCUGUCUACCUGUCUAUUACAGGUAGCAUUUGUGGGAUUCAGGGACUAUCAAAGGUCAUUCCAUGACAAGAGGAAAGCUCGUCAGCUCCACUUCAGACCACCCUGAUAUCUGCCUGCACCUGCUGCCAGUUACCACCUAUACCAUCAGCAUCACUGCACUGUGCAGGUUCACGUCCACGGUCACAGCUAAAACCAGCCUACAAGGUACACUACAAACAACCUCAACUAACAGUGACAGUUUGAUGAUGAACUAUUUGAAGAUAUUAUGAGAAACAUGAAGCAGAAUAUUGCUUUUAAUUUUGACUUUGACUUGGAUAUGAUAUUUAAAUGUGUCAAUAAUUUAUUAUCUUAUAGAGCCUCGAGCCAAAUACAUUUUUACAGCGAAGCUGAGGCUUGCCCACUGAGGCUACACAGAUUAACUAACACUCUGGACCCAAUUAGGUAAUUAAUAAUUUUACCUCUAUCCCUUUACCUCACUAAAUGCUGAUUUAGUAUCUUGAAAUGGACCCAGUGAGGUCUGCCACUCUUGACUGGCUAUUAUGACACAAACACUUUUCUCAUUUGUUCCUGGGUUUACAGUUUCUACCAGGUGCCACUGGAGGGGACCCGUGUGUUUGACUGCAGCUCUCCUAAGAACCCAGACGUCUCCAGUCAGAGGAAGUCCCAUGGACAGUCCAUCACUUCCCAGGUCCAGCUGAGGGAUGUUGGGAAAGAGAUUACCCUAACUGUGACCGAUGGAUGCUGCUAUUGUGUCUUCUACAAUGCUCCAUUACAGAAUGGUAGAGACUAUUACAUCAUAUUACGAGCUGUUAGUCAAUGGGGAGGGGUAAGACCAACUGCUAUGCAUUGGAAAUAAAUUAUAUGUGGAGUUUAUUCAUGAAAAAUAAAUGACAGUUUUGACGAUCUUUAACAAAGUUAUAUUGAUUGUUGAUCUUAUAGAACUCCUGUGCUAAUAGUUAGUAAUUCUGUGCCAUUUUAACUAUUUUCUAGGAUUUCAAGCACACUUGUGAUAUCUGGGCAAAAGUGAGAGGUAAGGAUCCCUUUUCUCAUCUUUAGCCAUUUGGCUUUGUUUUGGUUUAAUCAGAUUGUUGUCUGAUGUUUUCUCUCGUUUGCCAGGUACAUCCAACAUAAUGCAGGUUUCAUCACUUUUUGCUGGAGGAUCAAUUGGAGUCUUUGCUUUGGUCAUUUGUCUGGGAGACUGUUACACCUGGUAAGAUAUAUCCUACAGUGUGUAUGCCUAUAUAUGACAUUUUCAAUAUGUGCAUUUUUUUUCUCCAGUAUAUUGAUCAAAUCUGACUUAAUACAUCGCCUACUAAACCUUUUGUAUCCCUUUUUCAGGUUUUGUAAGAAGACAUGACAGUCAUCUUGAUAACUGACUUUUUCAUUUGGGUCAAACUUGGUAAUAUCAGCAUAAUGUUCAAUGACAUCUACCUGUAAUAUUGUAACUGU